AUGACACCAAUUUUCAUCGUCGUCCUCGUCCUCCUGUUGAGCUCGCCCCGAUAUGGGAUCUCUUCGACGGCAGACGAGCCACCGCCAUCGUCGACGUCGACGGAUCGGCAGAUAAAUUUAUCGCGACCGAGUCUAGUUUCGCAAAUUGCCUCGAGCGUUAACUCGAUAUUCGGGACGGUGCAGCAGGGGCUCCGACAGUCGCUCCGAACGGUUCGCCAACUGAUGCUCUCGGACCCGGACGCCGUUCUGGCGAUGAAUUCAAUCGGAGACUACGUCCGAUACAACGGCUACACUUUUUCUGAGCAUUUGGUCAGCACAACAGACGGAGUGAUUCUGCAAGUGCAUCGAAUUCGGCGUGAAACGGCGUUCAUCGCAAACCAAUCGAUACCCGUACUAAUGCUACCUGGAGUGAUGACAUCGAGCUUCGAUUUCAUCGCGAACCUCCCACAUCAGAGCGUUGGCUUUUUCCUUGCCGAUAUGGGAUACGAUGUGUGGCUGGGAAACUUCCGCGGGACGAGAUAUGGCUCUAUGAGCAAUAGCACCCAUCCGAAUAUUUAUAACGCCACGCUUGACGACCAGGCACUCUUGGAUACCCCAGCGAUGAUUGAUGCCGUCCUAAACGAAACUGGUUUUAAGGAUCUCCAUGUUGUAGCGCAUUCCAAAGGUGCUACCGGGCUGCUCGCUACGCUAUCUGACCUCCCCGAAUACAACAGCAAAGUAAGACUCUUCUCCGCCUUAGCCCCAGCUGUGUUCUUCCGGGAUACGAGCCGCUUCCUCCGGGUCCUCUGGCGGGUGUCGCUCACGGAACCGAUCAAAACCGUAUUGAAGAAUCUGAUGUACGAGAAUCGACCGAUUUUCAACAAUGAGCAAAUUUUCGAUCCAUCGUACUGGUUCAUGACAGCUCCGGUCUGCGCAAUGACAGGUCUACUUUGCGAGUCCGUGCUGGACAUCAUCGAGGAUCCUUCUCUGCUGAGAGCAACGAACUACUAUCGUCUGAACAGGACUCGGCUCGGCGUGAUCAUGUCACAUUUCCCAGCGGGAACAACCUUCGCAAGUUUCCAACAGUUUUACCAGAUUAAGGAGUCUGAACGAUUUCAAAAGUUCAACUUCGAUGACACGACCUGGAUCGAGGCUAUUGGCUCUCGACAGCGGAAGAAAACAUCGAACCUCGAAGUUUACGGAAAGGGCACCCCUCCCGAGUAUGACCUUGCCAACGUGAAUGUAUCGAUGCUUUUGUUCUACGCCGACAAUGACGUCUUCGCGGGCCAGCACGACAUCACUUUGCUCAACAAGCACUUUGGCCACCUCAUUUACAACAAUGGCAACUACCACAUAGCCGUACAGAAAUUCCUUCACAUGGACUUCCUUUGGGGUCUCGACGCACGCCAACUGGUCUACGACCCGAUGUAUUAUCAGAUGAAGACUUUCGAUGCGGAACGAGGUUCAGCCCGCAGCGAUGAAUCCCUCAUCAAAGAUUUGUACUACACCGUUUCUGGAAAGUCCUCGAAUAAGCGUGCUUAUUAUGACCGCUUCCUCCAAAAUAAAGGAUAG